AUGGCCCGAACCUGGCUGCUCUUCUUGCUGGCAACAGCACCAGGGACAGCUGCCGAUGUGGAGGAGGCCAAGGAGGCCUGCGCCGGGGCCGAAAGCCCAGAGCUCUCUUUGCGGCAGCUCCGGGCGAGGCGAUUGAACGGCACAGAGUCGGUCUCUGCGGAUAGCUUCCUCAAGGACGGCAUGCGCUGCGCCAGCAUCACGGCGCCGGAGAACGAGCUUUGCCGUGAGUCAGUGGAAUGGGCCUUCGAAGUGGGCCUGAAGAAGCACCCAGAUUGGUACUUUGUGCCGCUGGGUACAACGAGCCAUGUGCCCUUGCACAUGGCAUCGCUUGAUGACAUGCAGCGACUGUUCUUUUGUGGCCGUGCCGGUGACACAGCGACCAGGUGCGGGCUUCCUCCAUGCCACUGUUCUACGCCCCCUUGCGAUCGCUGCGGAGGGGCGCUGCCUCCGCCACAACUGGCGAAGCCUUUCACGCGCAUCAAGCGCUUCAACGUCGCAGGAGAUCCAAAGAACGAAUUUGAUGUCGUGCAGAUCCCGGACCAGAACAUGACGCACUCUUGCUCAAACUACGUGGACGAUGGGACCACAGUUUUCAGCGAAGAUGGCAAGCUUGUCCUGAAAGUGGCCUCGGCCUGCGCCGAUGGGCGCUGCCUCAAUUCCGGUCGCGUCAUGAGCAAAGAUGCCUUCACCUAUGGCAUCUUCACCUUCUCCGCAAAAGUUCCGAAAUGCCACAGUGUGUGGCCUGCCUUGUGGCUCCUGCCAGGCAGCUCGAAAGGUGAUGGCCGAUAUGGACCCUGGCCAUGCAGUGGAGAGAUCGACGUCCUG